AUGCGUCCGAAGACAAAGAAGAGGCCCAAGAAUAGGGUGGUUUCCAAGAUGCAAGCUAAGGAACCACAGGACAAGAUACAUCAGCCUAUCAGCAAAGUAACUGAGCGGAACCGACUUAAAAUGGUAUUAAAACACUUGUCACUCUUGAAGCUGCUCAAAAGCUCGAACCCUCGGAUCCAAGAACUGUAUAACCUGGCCAGAAGGUGUUGGAAUUCACUGCUCAGGGUUCCAAAGAUCCUGGGGAUCUCCUCUGGGUACGACAACGUCUGGGAUGAAGUGGAACAAAAUAACAAAGCGCUCCAGGAGGAGGCUGGGUGUUCCUACCAGAAACUGGACUCCAAGAACUUCAAGCCCACAGGGGAGCCUGAGGAGUCUGAGGAGCCUGAGGAACGUGAGGGGCCGAGGCCCAGGGCACAGGAAGCUACGCCCACACAGAAAGAGGAGCAGAUGGAGCCUGAGGCCCCGACGGCAUCGCAGGGUCACGGCCUGACCACUGGUCCCGGAGCCCAGGCAGGGCAGCCACCCACUGGAGACCCCCGACUCAUCUUCCGGAAGACCCCCAAGGACAGAACUCCCAUGGAGGGUGCCAAACAGCCAGAAAGAGUGAAACAGCGGGUCUGGUUUGAGGGGCUGCCCACACGAGUCCACCUCCCAGGGCCCCGGGUGAUGUGCAGAUCCUCCGCCUUGCGCUGGGUCAAGCGCUGCUGCACCCGCUUCUGCUCGGCGUCACUGGAGAUGCCGAUGGUCCAUCUGUACAAGGUGUGA